GGCGUCCUCUGGCGACCGCCAAACCGAAGACUCGCAGCGAGAUUCGGAGUAGAAUUCGAAAAUGGCAAACCGCACGGUGAAGGACGCUAAAUCUGUUCGCGGAACGAAUCCGCAAUAUUUAGUCGAGAAGAUCAUCAGAUCUCGGAUAUACGAUUCCAAAUACUGGAAAGAGGAAUGUUUCGCCUUGACAGCCGAACUGCUGGUCGACAAGGCAAUGGAGUUGAGAUUUCUAGGAGGCGUUUACGGCGGCAACGUGAAGCCUACGCCGUUUCUCUGCCUCAUAUUAAAAAUGCUGCAGAUACAACCAGAGAAAGACAUCAUAGUUGAGUUUAUAAAGAAUGAAGAGUUCAAGUACGUCCGGGCUCUGGGCGCACUGUAUAUGAGAUUGACCGGGUCCUCUCUGGACUGCUACAAAUACCUCGAGCCGUUGUUCAACGACAACAGAAAGCUCAGAAUACAGAACAAGCAAGGUGUAUUCGAGCUCGUGCACAUGGACGAGUUCAUCGACAGUCUUCUCCGAGAGGAGAGAAGUUGCGACGUCAUCUUACCGAGGAUUCAGAAAAGACACGUUUUAGAGGAGAAUAACGAGCUAGAGGCGAAGAUAUCGGCACUGGAAGACGAUAUGGACGAUGGUAUCGAGUCGUCGGAAGAAGAAGAGAUUCCACCAAUUAAAGAAAUACCGCGCAAAAGGCCGGACGAUCACGAACGGGAGAGGGAUCGUCACAGGGACAGGGAUAAGAGGCAUUCCCGAACCGAGAAGAAGUCCGAAAAGGAAAAGCAAAGGUCGAGGAGUAGAGAGAGGGACAGAGAUAGAGACAGGAGGGAACGUAAACGCAGCAAGUCGCCAAAGUCUCACUCGUCGUCGCACAAAGAUAAGGAGAGGGACAGAGAUCGCCAUCGAAGGGACGACAGAGAGAGGGAGAGGGAACGCGAGAGAGAACGGGAGCGAGACCGUAGAAGAGAACGCGACAGAGCUAGACAUUAGAGUGUAGCAACGUGCAAAAAGUCUGGGCGAAUUUACAUGAAUUUACCGUCGAGUGGCGGACAAAACGAUUGAUAAUCUUUACGUUAAUUCCUUUCGCGCUCUCAUAUUCGUAUACGUAUAUUUAGUGCCGGUACGCAACGUUUACAAGAAUUCGGUAUUAAAAUUGCAACAUGCAACCCGGAAUGAGAUCCGUUGUAACGUAUUCGAAUAUAUAUACAUUUUCAUAUUUGCGUUAUAUUACAAUUGCUUUAUUAAAUAAAAAAAUAGCGAUAUCGAUUACCGAUGCAUAAUGAUGGACGAAUAAUAACCGUCUGCCUCUGGAAACUUACGACGAGAAUGUUUUACUCUGGAAUCACUCUCGAUGCAUCCUCAAAAUUUGGUCGACAGAUAUUUCUAUUUUAUAUAUAACUUUCCCUAUGUAUUUUACAAAAACGAAACACUUGGCAAUGUUUAAAAUGUAGGCGAGUUCA